AUGAUCCAAAUCAAGUCAGAGCCAAUGGAAGAAAAACCGCCUCAGGAGAAGAGCAAGUUCAAUCCAAGUAAGAGACGAUGUGCCUAUACGCAUGAAGAUGACAUGGAGCUCAUCUACUAUUUUUUGGAAAAGUAUCGAGCUGGAGAUCCUGAGGCUAUGAAGAAACAGGGGAAAAGGUUGUGGGAGCCAGUGAUUGAGGAGAAGCAGUGGGAACGCCAGUCCAGCGCGGUGGAGUCACAGUAAGUGAAGAAACUUUUUUCUAUAACCAAUUUUGAAAAAAUGGCAAGAACUUUCUAUACGAAACAUAAAAUGGCAAAAACUUUCUAUACAAAAGAUAAAAUGGCAAAAACUUUCUUUACAAGGUUUAAUAAGUUUUAUAUUUUCAGCUUUCGAAAGAUCGUAGUUCAAAAGUUGUUUGACUUCAACCUCCCAGGUACGGAUGUAUUCAUAUUGGCAGUUCAUUUUGAUGUUGCUGUUGAUUCUAUUCUCAAGGCUCAGUAAGUUUUUUACUUUAUAUUGUUUUAACUACUACUUCUACUGCACCCUUACGCCUGUUUCUUUUCUUGUUCCUAUCCCUACUCCUACUCUUAUCUUUACCCUUACCUAUACUCUUGCCUCUACCGCUGUUUCUAUAUCUUUACCUCUACUCCUACUCUUUUAACUUUCAUGCUUUACCCUUAUUCUUGGCUCUAUUCCUACCCAUACUCCUAUUCUUUAGAAGUGAGAAACGGCCCGGGUCUAUUUUUAAGGCUUGGCUCAGGCCCGGGGAUUAAUGUCGAUGGUCGGCCCGUUUUCAUUCUUAGCUCAGGCCGUCCGGCCCAAAUUUUUUUAUGUGCAAACGGGCUGGACCGGGCCUUGAUUUUCAGCCGGCCUGACAUGUCUUUCAGAACCGGCCUGGUCUAAAUUUAGCUCAAGACCGACCCGAUCGCCAUGUCUAAUCGGGCCGAGUCUACACGGCUCGUUUCUCACCUCUACUACUCUUAAAUCUACCACUACCCUUUCCCUACUCUUACAACUCUUCAUACAGCUGCUCCUAAUGCAGUUCUUUUUAUACCUUGAGUCUUUCUUUUACCCUAUCUUUGCCUUUAUUGCUUUAUCAAUACUUACUGUUGUCUCUGCCCUCAAUAGGAAUGCAGGCUGCUGAACACAUUUUAUACGAUGAAUUUCAAUAUUUUAUUUAACUUUUAUUAUAAAAUGCCAUUCUUUUUCAGACUAGAAGUAAAAUACAACUGCCGAAUUGACACAAACACUUUUGGUCAUAUUGUAGGAGCCUUUGGUCCAAAUGGGGAAGAACUUCAUUAUUAUGGAUGUGUGGAUUCGGUUAGAGAAGUCACGAAAAAGGAGUUUCGCCCGCGUCGGCGAAGGGAUCGGGAUGAGUAGGUUUUUUGUAAAAUACGUGCGCAUUAGUUUUGUGUCUAAAUUUUAAAAUUUGUAAAGAAAGUUCUUGCCGUUUAUUAGUUUUUAAAGAAUGUUUUUGCGAUUUUUUGUUUUGUAAAGAAAGUUCUUGCCAUUUUAUGUUUUGUAAAGAAAGUUCUUGCUAUUUUUUGUUUUGUAAAGAAAGUUCUUGCCAUUUUAUGUUAUGUAAAGAAAGUUCUUGCCAUUUUUUGUUUUGUAAAGAAAGGUCUUGCCAUUUUAUGCUUUGUAAAGAAUGUUCUUGCUAUUUUCUCUACUGUAAACUAAAUUCUUGCGUAAUUUUAGAACAUUCGAAACCACAGCCAAGAUAUCUCGCCUAGGACAUUCAAUGGUUCAACAACAAGCAAUGGGUCUACAUUUGCCUACAACUUCAGAAGAGGCCUUCAAUGGCACUGUCAAUAACAAUGAAACGGAAAAUGUCAUGGACGAGACCUUUGUGUAGGUUUUUAUUAGUUUUAAUGUUAUAGUAGGCGAUGGUUGAUAGUUUGAUUUCACAGUAGGCUUGAGCUACUUGAAAUCUAUUUGUUAUGUUACAGUAGGAUAUGAUUGAUACUUUUUUGUGUUACAGUAGGUUUGAGCUAUUUUAAACGGAUUUUUUAUGUUACAGUAAGCAGGGCCGGGCGGGGACUUUUGGUCUGGGGGCGGGGGUCCAAAAAAUCGGCACAGGUAGCCGUAAGCUAAACUCAAGAUUUUUAUGUUACAGUAACCCAAACUCAAUGUUUUUAUUUUCUCAACCCAAAAAUUACAGUAACCUUCUGGCCGGCCUCGACAAACUAGCCAAGGACAAUAUGUUCCCUCAAAUCGUCAAUAACAAUAUGCCAAUCAACCAGUCCGGCCCAUUGGCCACCCCAAGCGGCCCAACGAUAUUAGACAUGACGAAGGCGGCUCUCGUGGACAGAUUAAUGGCCGUUGUUAAUGGAAAAAUGAAUCCAGAAGAGUUCGAUCAAUGCGACAUCUUCGCAAGGGCUAAUGGAUGCAGGUUCAUGAUCAAUAUUGUAGGUUUUCAAAGGAGUUUUGGGCUUGGGAUUGGGGUUAGUGGACUUAGAAAACUUAGGCUUAGCCUUAUGAUUCGGCUUAGUGGGCGUAGGAAGCUUACUAAACGCAAAACUUAGGCUUAUUUUUGGAUUUAGGAUUAGGCUUAGCGGGCUUAUAAAGAGGAUUAACGGGUUUUUGCUUUCACUCAGGCUUACAAUUAGUGUUAGAUUUAAGGUUUGGCUUAGGGUCAGCGGACUUAGAAAGCUUAGGCUUAGUGGGCUUAGGCUUAGUAGGCUUAGGCUUAGUAGGCUUAGGCUUAGUAGGCUUAGGCUUAGUAGGCUCAGGCUUAGUAGGCUUAGGCUUAGUAGGCUUAGGCUUAGUAGGCUUAGGCUUAGUAGGCUUAGGCUUAGUAGGCUUAGGCUUAGUAGGCUUAGGCUUAGUAGGCUUAGGUUUAGGAGUCUUAGGAUUAGCUUUUUGAAAUAGUUUUAAAAACCAAGCUUAACAUAGCUAGAUUUAGGCUUAAAAUAUGUACUAACAAUGCCAUUUUCAGUUAAAAUCCAUCUUAACUACUCUGUUUAAUGGUAGUUCAGAAGAACUGCGCCACUUUGAUAAAAAGCACCGCCUUAUGCGAAGAAAACGAAGAUCAGACCCAAAUAUGGAGAAGGCAGUAGAAGUGGCAGGCAAUGAACCUACCACAAGUUUGGGUAACAUUUUCGAAAAACAAAGUAAUGGCAACGAAGUGGGCUGGGACAAUAUCAUUGAAAUGCUGGAAUCGACCAAACAAGAAGCAUGUGCGGUCGAAAAUGUAGUCGAAAUGGAUGGUGAUGACACGCUGGUCAUUAAUAAUGACGUUGAGGAGGUAGGGAUUGUUAAAAAGUUUUACAAAAUUGAAAUUUUAGCAUGUUUUUAGGUAUGAACUUUAGGAAAAAUAGGGUUUUUAGGUAUAGAAGUAGGGUUAAAAAUUGAUUUUUUGGGUAUUAAAUUAAAUAAAACUAAGGUUUUUAGGUAUAAAAUUGAGUUUGAAAUGGAUUUUUUGGUUUAAAAUUGAAAAAAGUUGAUGUUUAGGUAUAAAUUUGAAAAAAAAUGAUUUUUAGGUAUAAAACUGUAGAAAAAGGUGAUUAUCAUGUAUAAAAUUGAAUAAAACUUGGGUUUUUAGGUACAAAAUUACUUUUUAGAUGGAUUUUUUUGGGUUUGAAAAACACUGAAAAAUUGAUUUUUAGGUAUAGAAUGGAAGAAAAAAUUGAUUUUUAGCCUAAAAAAAGUAAUGAAAAAUCAAUUUGUAGGUAUAAAAUGGGAUAAACUCGUGAUUUCAAAGUGUGAAAUUGAAAGAAAGUUGCUUUUUACAUACACAUUGAUAUUAAGACUUGGGUUUCAGGUAUAAAAUUGAGUUUGAAACGAAUUUUUUGGUUUAAAAAUUGAAAAAAAAUUUAAUGUUUAGGUAUAAAGUGGAACAAAAAGCUGAUUUUUAGGUAUAAAGUUGAACAAAAAGCUGAUUUUUAGGUAUAAAGUUGAACAAAAAGCUGAUUUUUAGGUAUAAAGUUGAACAAAAAGCUGAUUUUUAGGUAUAAAGUUGAACAAAAAGCUGAUUUUUAGGUAUAAAGUUGAAUAAAACUUUGGUUUUUAGAUAUAAAAUUGAGAUUGAAAUUGAUUGAAAAGUCGAUUUUUAGGUAUAAAGUUGAAGAAAAAGUUGAUUUUUAAUUCAAAAACGUAAAGAAAAAUCUGAUCUUUAGGUAUAAAACUGAAUAAAACUCGGGGUUUUAGGUAUAAAAUUGAGUUUUUAGUGAAUUGUUGAGCUUGAUUUUGGUUGAAAAAUUGAUUUUUAGGUAUAAAGUUAAACAAAAAGCUGAUUUUUAGGUAUAAAAAACUGAUUUUUUUUGGCAUAUAUGGGGGAUAAAAUUGACGAAAAAGUGGGGUUUUUAUGUAUAAAACUGAAUAAAAAAUUGAUUUUUAGUUAUAAAAUUUAAUUAAAAUUCAAAAAUUUUUGAUUUUAAAAAUAUAAUAAUUGCCGUUUUCAGCCAGCCGAAGCCUCACCGCCAGCCGAAGAAGAGAAUCCGAUCGAUCUUCUCUCUGCUCUAUUCAAAGCCACCCCCAAGAAAAUGAUCAAGCCCUCGAAUGGAACGAAAAAGCAAAAUGAAAAAGCGAAAAAUUUAAGUUUUAAAAAUCAGGAAUUAGUGACCAGUACUCCAAUCGGCCAUGGCGACUUUUUUGAUGUGACAAGAGAGGAGGCGGCCAGGAGGGCGGCAGUGGAGCCAGAGCUGGUUGAGGAUUGUAGGUUUUUUAACUUUUGGGGGGGGAGGGGGGGGAGAGGGUGACUAUGAGGGGUGGCCUUUUUGAAAUUUUAUUGUAGUGGGAGGGGAGGGGGUAUUAUGAAUGUUGCAUUUUUUUGAGAGGAGGGGGGGGGGUAAUUGUGGGGGUGAUGUUUUUUAAGUUGUUUUACGGGGUGGGGGAGGGGGUGAUUAUGAGUGUGGUAUUUUUGGAAAAUUUCUUUGAAGGGGUGGGGCGGGGAGGGGGUGGUGGUGUUUUUUGAAGAUUUUUUUUGGAGUUGGAGAGGUGAAAUCCUACCCAGCUUUACUCUGCCUAUAUUUUAUUCUACCCAACUUUACCCUGCCCAACUUUACCUUACCCGACUUUAACCUACCCAACUUUACCCUGCCUUGCCCUGAUCAACUUUACCCUGCUUUACCUUGCCUACACUUUACCCUACCCUACUUUACCCUGCCUUACCUUGACCAACUUUACCCUUCUUUACCCUGCCUACACUUUACCCUACCCUAUUUUACCCUGCCUUGUGCUAAAAUUAGUUUUUUAGUACCAGAUCGUACCAAAAAAUUAAUCUUUUAGUACCACAUGUAUAAAAUGUCAUAUUUUUAGCAUUCUGUCUAACUGCACCGACCUCAGACUCUCAACGACCGGACAAUGACAUCACUUUCAGGUACCAACCCGACUCUCCAAGUGUCUGCUGA